CACGUAUAGCAUGGCUGUGCUCAGAAUAAUCAACCAGCCAGGAACAUUUUGAUCCAAAAUUGAUACUAUAGCGCUUGACACAGAUAUAAAAUAGCGAAGAUUUCUCCCAGAUAUUUCUAUAAUCACUCACAACAUAACCACUCGCAAUCAACUUACAAGUCCAAGAAAUCUAUUCUAUCCCCAAAUCUCCAAAAUGCACUUCUCAAGCUUUACAAACUUUCUCGUCGCGACAUUGGCUGCCUGCAGCGUAGCCUCUCCUGUUGACCUGGGCAAACGUGGAGAAAUCACCGUUGGCUUCCGCCGUGCUGAUAAGACUCAAGCCGAAAAAUACAACAAAGAUGGCCUCUACUUUGACCACGGUCAUGUAAUGUGGGGUGCCCAGAUUGGUAAAGGAGUGUACACCUCUCCUUCCCGUGAUGAGUAUGAGGCGCUGGCUGCUCCUGAUGCCUGGUACUGCGUCAUCAAAGCAGACAAAGCAGCCUUCGACAAAAUCCCAAAAGUCUGGAUCCCCGAGAAGAACCAACACAACCAGAGAAUGUGGAACCAGAAAGAUGAGAAGCGAAUCGACGAAUACAUCGAAAGCCUUAACGAGAAGCCAUCGAGCUCUCUCCGUUUCUCGAUCAUGCCUCACGGUAGAGAUCGCAGCCGUCAGCAAAUGCUGAUUGUCCCGGAACUUGCUGAUAAGAAGCAUUUCACCAUCCACUGCUAUGAGAAGAAGGAGGAUGUUAAGGAGGGGCCUGUUAAUUACGAUAGCUGGCAUCCUAAGGGUGAGAAGGGGAACUAGGCUGGUACUGAUUGUGACUGGGUGUUUUGUAUGCUUGAUCUAGUGUUCCGAGUGCCUUAUGUGGUUGUCUGUUGUUAAAUGGUCCCCAAGCAAACCCCAUCAUUUCCCCCCCAGAUUGUCAUUGUGUGCUUUUUGUACUUUAUACUAGAAAAACAAAAUAUAUCUUUGGAUGGUUGCC